AUGGAUCAUGCAAUAAAUUAUGCCAUCAGACCAUACAAACGUGCAGUGAGCGACUGUAAAGAAAUUCUUGAUGAAUACCCGGAAGCAGAAAGUGGCUUUUAUGAGAUAGAACUAUGGAAGUCUAGGAAGAUACUUAUUGUGAAUUGUGACAUGGACACUGACGGUGGCGGCUGGACGAUAUUUCAUAGGCGCUUUGACGGGUCUAUUGAGUUUUAUCGAAACUUCACAGAGUACGAAAAUGGGUUUGGAAACGCAGGAGGAGAACUGUGGCUAGGCCUGAAGUACAUACAAGAAUUAGCUGACCAAAGUCAUUCAGAAGUUCGUCUUGAUAUUGAAAAUUACAACAACGACACAGCUUACGAGACCUUUCAGGAAUUUAAGUUAAUAGAUGGAAUGAACUAUAAACUCAAUAUUGGGUUACGUGACCUAAGCACAG